AUGGCAAUGUCUUUCAAAGACGCCCUUGCCCGCCUCGAGAACAGUCGAGUCAAAUCUACACGCCCUUUGAUUCCACCUCAAAUCCUGCAAGAAGACCUACCGCUCACUCUGCUUGCUGCCCAAACCGUCCUUCAGGGGCGUUUGGCCGCCGAGAAUAUUCUCAAAGGUGAUGAUGACCGUCUUUUGGUAGUCGUCGGCCCAUGUUCAGUUCAUAAUGUUGAAGCGGCUAUGGAGUAUGCGAAACUGCUUCGAGCUUACGCCGAAACGGCCAAGGAGGAUCUUUUCAUCGUCAUGCGGGUUUACUUUGAAAAGCCUCGCACAACUGUUGGAUGGAAAGGUCUCAUCAACGACCCAGAGCUCAACGGGAGUUUCCAGAUCAACAAGGGACUGCGAAUCGCACGAUCCUUUCUCAUCGAUAUCGCGAAACUGGGCCUGCCUGCAGGGUGCGAAUUUUUGGAUACCAUCUCACCUCAGUAUAUUGCAGAUUUGGUAUCCUGGGGUGCUAUAGGUGCUCGUACAACUGAGUCCCAGGUCCAUCGUGAACUCACAUCUGCGCUAUCAAUGCCUACUGGCUUCAAAAACUCCACCGACGGAACUGUUGGUAUCGCUGUCGACGCUUGUCGUGCUGCCAGAAGUAGCCAUGUCUUUUUGAGUGUAGGAAAAGAGGGUCUGAGCAGUAUUAUCGAAACUUCGGGGAAUCCUGAUGUUCACAUCAUCCUACGAGGUGGAGUUAAAGGUCCUAACUACGCUGAAGAUUUCAUUCGUGACGCUAGAAAGCAGCUAGCUAAAGCAGCCCUGCCACAAAAGAUCAUGGUUGACUGCAGUCACGGAAAUAGCUCUAAGCAGCACCAAAAGCAAGUCGAAGUUGCUGAGGACAUCGCCCAGCAGUUAGAGUCAAAAGAUACAUCAUCACUCAUUCUGGGCGUUAUGCUUGAAAGCAACCUCGUCGAAGGUCGUCAGGAUAUUCCUGCCUCAGGACCCGCUGGUCUCAGAUAUGGACAAUCUGUUACCGAUGCUUGCAUCUCCUGGGAAACGACUAUUCCGGUUCUUGAGCGUCUUCGCCAAGGGGUACGCGGUCGUCGAGAAUUGGUUCAAAAAGCCUCAAGAAAUUUGUAG